AUGUUGUCACGCCGAGCAAUAGUCUCCAUCAGCAGCAAACGUGGGCUGCUAUCACCAUCUUCGAGAGUAUUAGCUCACGCAAAACGCCCACUUGGAUGUUGUCAUCAGCAGCAGCAAUGGAAGAGCACCUUGUCCCUUGACAACGCACAAAAUCACCAACUUCACAACUCGGAAACGAAGAUUCAACCAAAGAAGAAACUGCCCGUGCCGGAUUUUAGUGAUGCCAAGGCCGCCUAUGAGACAAAGACCACCAUGGAAUUGGUCCGUGCGAUGACUGUAUUCCAGCUCUGUCGUAUCCCAAUUUUGGUCAAACACUCCGAGAUGCUCUUGGGUCUCUCUCGAAAAGUGCUUGGGGCAACAAUCUCCGAUGCCAUGCUCAAAGCCAGUCUCUUUGGACACUUUUGCGGCGGUGAAAAUGAAGAACAAAUGAGGCCUGUUCUCAAACAGUUACAGAGUAGUGGAAUUGGUAGCAUUUUAGAUUAUGCAGCAGAGGAUGAUGGAUCAGGCAGUGCCAGCAACGAAAGUGACAGCGCAGACACGACAACUACUCCCGUUGUGGAAACGGUAGAUCAGGUUUUUCAGGAUGCCAUUCCCAAAGCUCGAAUGUAUGACUACGAGUCUGAACACCAAUGCGAUCGUCACGUAGAGACCUUCAAAAAGUGCAUUCGAAGCGUCAAAAACCUUGAUGCGGACGGGUUUGCAGCCAUCAAAGUAACAGCCCUGGGCAACCCCAAGCUUUUGGAGAAAAUGUCCCGAGCGCUACGAGAAGUGAAGAACUUGUACAGCAAGUUUGAUGCUGAUCAAGAUGGCUUCAUUUCUAGAGCAGAGUUUGAACAAGGCUACAAGUUCUUCUUUCGCGAUGACGUGGAAACAGACCUAGACGAAAUGUAUGAAGUGCUCGAUCCCAACCAUACAGGCCGAGUGGAUUUCAUCACAUGGUCGAUGAUGUUGAAACCCAUGGACCUUCCCAAGAUUACGGCCAAGUGCCGCCAAAUUGGACCCCUCUCAUUGGUGUCGCCCACAGAAGAGGAAGUGGAACUCAUGGAGGCAAUGUUCAACCGAGGGCAUGAACUGGCGAAAGAGGCCUCGGAAUGUGGAACGCGUCUCUUGAUUGAUGCAGAACAGUACCGAUUUCAACCGGCCAUUGACAACUUGGUGCUAGAUCUAGAGCGAAACUACAAUGCAGUGGACAAGACAGACAAACCAAUUAUUUACAACACCUACCAAUGUUAUCUCAAGGAUACCGCUGAACGGUUGAAAACCGAUAUGGAAAGAUCCGAGCGUCAUUCGUUUCACUUUGGUGCCAAGCUCGUUCGGGGCGCAUACAUGGAAGGCGAGCGUGCCCUAGCGGAGUCCCUGGACUAUCCAAGCCCAAUCCAUGAUACCAUUGAAGACACUCAUGCCUGCUACAAUGAUUCGGUCGACUUUUUACUGCGUCAAAGCGUCGAGGCGGUAGAUGACCGCAAGGUGGAGCUCAUGCUGGCAUCUCACAACCAAGGGAGCAUUGAAAAAGCUAUCCAAACAAUGGAUGAACUCGACAUCGAUCCCCAAUCUUCGACAAUCUCGUUUGCCCAGCUCUAUGGAAUGCAGGACAUGCUCACGUACAAUUUGGGACAGAACGGAUUCCGUGCCUACAAGUACGUUCCGUACGGUGAGGUUGGUGAAGUGAUGCCCUACCUGAUCCGUCGAGCCAACGAGAACAGCGCAAUUGCGGGUGGAGCUGCGAAAGAACUGUGGAUGAUCCGCACAGAACUCAAGAGGCGCAUGUUUGGUUAG